CUAGUAGUAAGUUGCUUUCUAGUUGUCUUCCUUAGUAUGCCGAGGAGGGAGAGGCGGUUGGGUGUCAUGUACAUUGAUAAUGAUAAAGACCGCGAUGUCACCUUCUUCAAGAGGCGUGGAGGUUUGUACAAAGGCGCUGCUGACCUCUCUGUCCUUACUGGUGCUAAGGUUGCCGUCGUCCUUGAGAAGGACAAUGGAAAAAUGCACUCAUUUGGGGCGCCAUCAGCCAAACCAAUUGUUGAUGCUUUUCUAUUAGGACAUCCACCAACAACUCCAUUCACCAAUGGGGUUACAACUUCAAGAAUUGAACGCCUACAAGGCGAGGUUGCUCGGUUGGACAUGGAGAACAUGAAGGAGGGUAAGAGAAACCAACUCUCCAUCCAACGUAUGAAGGAGAUCCAAGACGACAACAAAGGUAUGGAGGCAAAACUUCUGUUCUCAAAGGAAGAAGAUCUUAGUCUUGAAGAUCUUGAUAAGCUCUUCAAUGACCUCUCGAGGGUUCAAGAUGACAUUAGAAGACGUCUUCCUCCAUUGCAUAAUGGCUGCAAUGCUAAUACCAGUGGCCCAAGCAUGAUCCAAAACCUGCAACCACAAAGAGACCCAUCAUUGGAUCUUUUCAAUAAUGCUCCUUCAUCGAUGUUAUUGCCAUGGUCUCACUAUCUUACCCAACACAAGUUUCAUUCAUUUCCACUACCAUCCCCACCAGAACAAAUUUUGGCACCACUUCAUCAUAUUCAGGUCCCACAAAUGCUACAACCUCCACCAUCACCGGUUUCCCUGCUUCAACCAAUUCCCGAUUCACCACAUGAGCUACCACCACCACAUGAUCUACACCUUCAAAACCACCAAAGUUCUUACAACAUGGUGCAACCACCACAAAACGACACAAGCCACAACUCAACAAUCGAGCAUAGUUUUGCGGCCACCCCACCAUUACUCAAUUGUAGUAUCGAUGAUUUUUUCAUUGAUGACAUGUUUAGCUCUGACCAAUGGGGUUAUCCUCUAUCGCAUCAGGCAUGGAACAAUGGAUUACAUGGGUUGGAUUAUUACUUGGGCUAUAAUGGUAUCAAUGUAGGCCAAUCAUCCAUGGGAAACGGUGGACAAAUAAAUCCAGCAUUGGCGUCUUCUUCUAGUGGGCAAGAUGUUGAUAUUCAGACACAACAUGGAUGCUUUUUUUAG